CUGUCCGCUGCCACCCUGGCGCUGCGCUGCAUGGAUGGUGUUUUCCUCUCGCCCAACGAGGAUGAGUUCGUGGGCAGGAUCGCGGAGGAGCUGGAGCACUUCAUGCUGCAGGGGCAGCACCACAGAGUGCUCCUGUUCCCCCCUCUGUCCAGUCGCCUCAGGUACCUGAUCCAUCGGACCGUGGACAAUGUGGAUUUGUUGAGCAGCUUUUCUGUGGGAGAAGGAUGGAGGAGGAGGACGGUCAUCUGUCACUCGGCCGUCAGGCUGCCCAGUGAGACUAGCGACCAAAAACCCAGCAGCAACCCACCGAGACCGCAGCGACCUCCGCAGCCGUGGGGCCGUGGGGCCCGAGGCGGCAGGCUGCGGCACAGCGGGGAGGUACACAGUGACAACUCUCGAGCCUGCGUGGGGUCUGGCAGGAUAAAAAGGCCGCCCAGGAAGAAGCCAGAUAAAGCCCUGUACGUCCCCAAGGCGAUGCGCAAGAAGGCAGAAUGGGGGGAGCAGGAGAGCCCGGUGGCGGCCGGCACCGAGUCAGGUGGGGAUAUGGCACAAGAAGAAGAGAUCUGCCCUAAAGCUUCAGUCGGGGACGCCCAGGAGGAGCUGGGUAAGUCUGAAGGCAGCCCAGGUGGCGUCUCCUUGGCCCUUGGCAAGCAACAGGAGCCUGGCGAAGAGUGUGUUUCAGGAAAAAGUAAUGAUGACACAAACGAUGAACGUCCUCCAUGCUGUACGGAUGUCCCAUCGUUAGAGAAUAGUAAUGAUUUCUCUGGGCAGGAAAGUCAGGAUAAAGACUGUUCAGAUUCCCUUUCUUCUGUACACAAUAAAAACCCAAUUGAAGCAGAAGAGCAAGAUCAGAGCUGCGACAACACUAUUAUACCAGAAGGUAGCAAAAUCCUGUGCCAGCUGCAAGCUGAAGACCAAAACAGCCAGGAUGCCGGUGUAGCGGAGUGCGGCAAAAACUCCUCCCUAUCGGGAAGUCGCAGCAGUAACUGCUGUACAGACCCAGCUGCAGCAGAGUCGAGUGCAAUGUCGCUGGUGCUGGAAAACCAAGAUAAGAGCUGCGCUGCCGCCAAGAGCCUGGAGAGCGGUGGAAACGUGUCACCGCCUGAAGAACAGGGCAAGGACUUUGUGAAUGCCGGCACAGGGGAGGGAGGCAAGAGUUUCUCCGAACUGGAAAGCCAAGAUCAAGAGUGCCCCAGCGUUCCCCAGGUGGGGCGUAACCAGAACCCCCCAGAAGCCCAAAAUGAGCCUCUGGCCACGCCUGAACCGGUCCAUGGUGCCGACCCAUCAGCUCCUGCGGAGCAGAACGAGCGCUGGGUGGAUGCUCCUGUGCAGAACCGCAGUGGGAAGGUGUCCGUGGCCGAAGAGGAGGACAAGGAGCGUUCGGGCUUGGCCGAGGCACUGUGGCGUGAGCUGCACUUGUCUGCAAGUAACGAUUUCUCUGGGCAGGAAAGUCAGGAUAAAGACUGUUCAGAUUCCCUUUCUUCUGUACACAAUAAAAACCCAAUUGAAGCAGAAGAGCAAGAUCAGAGCUGCGACAACACUAUUAUACCAGAAGGUAGCAAAAUCCUGUGCCAGCUGCAAGCUGAAGACCAAAACAGCCAGGAUGCCGGUGUAGCGGAGUGCGGCAAAAACUCCUCCCUAUCGGGAAGUCGCAGCAGUAACUGCUGUACAGACCCAGCUGCAGCAGAGUCGAGUGCAAUGUCGCUGGUGCUGGAAAACCAAGAUAAGAGCUGCGCUGCCGCCAAGAGCCUGGAGAGCGGUGGAAACGUGUCACCGCCUGAAGAACAGGGCAAGGACUUUGUGAAUGCCGGCACAGGGGAGGGAGGCAAGAGUUUCUCCGAACUGGAAAGCCAAGAUCAAGAGUGCCCCAGCGUUCCCCAGGUGGGGCGUAACCAGAACCCCCCAGAAGCCCAAAAUGAGCCUCUGGCCACGCCUGAACCGGUCCAUGGUGCCGACCCAUCAGCUCCUGCGGAGCAGAACGAGCGCUGGGUGGAUGCUCCUGUGCAGAACCGCAGUGGGAAGGUGUCCGUGGCCGAAGAGGAGGACAAGGAGCGUUCGGGCUUGGCCGAGGCACUGUGGCGUGAGCUGCACUUGUCUGCAGGCGAUAAAGAGGAGAGCGCGGCCAUCCGCGGGCAGAGCAGCCUCGAGGACGACUGUACCGCGGAGCUCUUUGCAGAGAUUGUGGGUUAUUUAACGGUGAAGGACGUAAGCAUUGAGAAGAUCAGCUUUGAUUAUUCCAGUUACGGAGAUGCACAGCUCGGCGAGGGGGAUUUUGGCCACGUAACCGAAAUCUAUGACUUCUCCCCGUCGCUGAAAACGGAGCACCUGUUGGAAGCGUUCUCGGAUUUCCAUGAGAGUGGUUUCAAAAUCCAGUGGGUCGAUGAUACGCACGCCCUGGGAAUCUUCUCCAGCCUGUCUACAGCAUCUCAAGCCCUGGGGCGACGUUAUCCUUCUUUAAAGAUCCGACCACUGAUCCAUGCAACAAAGCAGUCUAAGAUCAAGGCACUUCAACGACCAAAGCUCCUUCACCUUGCAAAAGAAAGACCCCAGACUGACACUGCAGUGGCGAAGAGGCUGGUGACCCGGGCUUUGGGUUUGAAGCACAAGCAGCAGGGCAUCUCGGGCACCGAAGCGCUCCUGCCGGAAAGCUUGGACCAGGAGGAAUAGACCAUCUCGGCUAGAAAAGAUGUAUAGAUGAGCAUGGCUGUGAUAUUAAACUGCAUGCAGAACAGUGAGUUGCCACGGGGAUGUUCU